CUUCUGAAUCCACCUGUCAAAAUAACAAAUUGUUACCAAUCACCAAUGGGCAAAACAAACUUCUCCUGAGAAGUACAAGACCCAGCUUGUCCGCGGGCGGCCAGCUCCAGCUAUGUCGAGGAACACAGGUCACGGUCCGCUUUCUCAGCCUGAGGAGGACAACGCUGACCAGAACCAGCCAGAAGAAAUCCAGUCAGUGACCAUGCAGCUGAGACAAAUUGGGGACAGUGUCCAUCACAGGAUGGUUCAAGAGCAUCUUCCACAGGAAGCGGGGGAAGCGCUGGUUCCUUUUGUGGUGCCGAUGUUCGUGAGAGGUCAGGUGCUGCUGCGGUUUUUCUGGAACAACCAUUUGCUGUGAAGGCCAGACAGACAAGCCCUGCCCUCCGGCUGCUCCCCAAGGGGCGGGAGUCCUGCCCGGGACUCAAACCCUCUCCAGCUCUCCUUCCCCCACUGCUGAAGGUCCGAGUCUGUGAUGGUUUUGCUCAACAGCAGGUUUGAUGUCCAGAGCGGACAGAUGGUGGAGGCAGCCUCCCGGGCCUCCUGCUGAAGCCCGAGAAGUCAGGAGCCUGGGAGGCCUGACCACACAGAGAACGUCACAAGUGGCCCCUUGCAAGCCUUCCCACAAACCUCUGGGGCCUCUCCCUGGGUCAUGCCCUCUGACCUUCUGACCCUGCAAUUGUCACCCGUAUCUAGAUCUUCAGGACCGACUCCCCCUGGUCCACCUGGGCCCCAGCUCCGAUGUUCUGUGCACAGCAGGAAGGAGUCGGGUCUUCAGUUCUCAGAACUGAGCCCUGGCCCAGCCACCCUCUCUUCCAUGCCAGACCCCAUCACCUGUUCGAGGCCCGGCUCCUGCUUUCUCAGGUAUAAGGAGCCCAUCUUGCCUGGGAGGGUCCCUCAGGCCUUGCCUGCCCCCAUUCCUCAGCCCUGCCACCCACAGACUUCUCUCCAGCCCCAUCCCAUCUAGGGAGCUGUGGCGAGUCAGUCAGGGCUGAGGCCCCACCUUGCUGCUGUCUCUGGUUGCCGUGGCUCAGCCUGUUGGAUUUGUUUUCCUCUUUUUCUUGUCUCUUCCAUCCUCUUGCUCUUUCGAGGUUUGUCUGUCUCAGAGCCCCUCCCACCCGCUAAAAGAAUUUCCAGUCCUAAGAAAGUUCGUUAGUAGUUACAAGUUCUGGGUAUGCACAUUUGGAGUUCUUGGUAGGUGUUACUUUAAAAAAAAGAAGCGAAAUAAACAUGAUUUUAUUGAGCGCAGAACCUCUAUGUGUCACCUUUGCAGAGGAGUGAUUUCACGUGUUUCCACGUAGACAUCUAUAAUGGUAGACAUCUAUAUCAGGAGCUAUUGGGGCCCAGCCCCAGAUAACCCUUUCCCAGGGUCCGGAUAAGAAUCU